AUGUCAAGGAGUACCAUGAAGCGUGUUAUUACUGAUCGAGAUGUUGAUAUGGUGAAAAAUCUCAUAGAGCGAUGCAUGCAAUUGUAUAUGAGUCCAAAAGAAAUAUUGAAAACAUUACUAGAGAAAGCAAAUAUUGAGCCUGAAUUCACUGAAAUCGUAUCUGAGAAUCCAACAAGCUAUCAUGUUGAUGUGCAAACUUCAAAAGGCUUGAAUCUAAAAAAUAUUCUACAUGGUGUAGAUUCAAGUUUAUCUAAUACUAAAAAUGGUGGAUCAUCAUCCGGUAUUAUUGAUAUGUCUUUUCAUGGAGAUAUUUCAAAUGUGUCGACUUAUAAUACUCAAAAUACAAACAUGAGUCUACAACAAGGAAUCAGUGGGGGGGCAAACAUAUCAAAACCUGGAUAUUCAAGUUCUUCUCCUCUCAUGUUUGGCAUUGAUGGAAAAGCUGUAGAGGUUAAUCCAAAUAUCGGAGAUGCUAUUCUACAUGGUGUGGAUUCAAAUUUAUCUAACGCGUUUAAUAAUGGUGGGUCAUCAUCUGGUAUUAUUGAUAUGUCUUUUCAUGGAGAUAUUUCAAGUGUGCCUUAUAAUACUCAAAAUACAAACAUGAGUCUACAACAAGGAAUCAGUUGGGGGGCAAACAUAUCAAAACCUAGAUAUUCAAGUUCUUCUCCUCUCAUGUUUGGUGCUGAUGGAAAAGUUGCGGGGGUUAAUCCAAAUAUCGGAGAUGCAUAUGUUACACCAAUCACUAAUGUUGAACCUAACUCACGUUCUGUGAAUGGAGCAAUUCUGGAUCAUACAAAGACUUCUUCUAAUGAACUAUUGUCUAGAAAUUUUAGCUUUCCAGAAGAGUCUUCUCAUGCUUCUUUGUUUUUAGGUAGUAGUUCAUCUCCUUCUUUGACUGGUGUAUUGGAUGAUUAUCCUAGACCGCCACCUUUUUUAAAUUUUGAUGAUGAUAACUUGCUUGAAAUACUAGAAAAGGUUGAACAAAAUGCUUAUAAAACAAUAACUCGUAGAUGA